AUGGCAGAUCUUGUUAGCUACGGUAAUGCCGACCGUGACACCGAGCAGGCUUUAAUUGCUUUGAAGAAGGGGGCUCAUCUUUUGAAAUAUGGUCGCAAGGGAAAACCCAAGCUUUACCCAUUCAGACUUUCUUAUGAUGAAACAACUUUGAUUUGGAUUUCAAGUAGUGGUGAAAGAAGUUUGAAGUUGUCUUCUGUCUCUAGAAUUAUUCCUGGACAAAGAACUGCUGUCUUUCAGCGAUAUCUGCGCCCUGAAAAGGACUACUUAUCCUUUUCUCUUAUAUACAAUAACGGAAAGAGGUCUCUUGAUCUGAUUUGCAAGGACAAGGUUGAGGCAGAGGUGUGGAUUGCAGGAUUAAAGGCAUUGAUUGCUUCUCGUCAAACUGGGCGCUCGAAAAUCGAUGGAUGGACUGAUGGGGGCCUCUACAUUGAUGACAGCAAGGAUUUGACAUCAAAUAGUGCUAGUGACAGUUCUGUUAGCAUCACACGAGAUAUUAGCUCCCCAGAGGUUGUAGCUGUCAGUUCUAAUCCCACUUCUACUUCUCCCAAGAGGUUUCGGCCUGAGAAUUCUCCACAAUCUGAUCGAUCACAUGUAGGAUUAGACAACAACAACACAAACAUGCAAGUUAAAGGUUCUGGUUCAGAUGCUUUUCGAGUCAGUGUUUCCAGUGCACCUAGCACCUCUAGUCAUGGAUCUGCACCAGAUGACUGUGAUGCCCUAGGUGAUGUAUACUUGUGGGGGGAGCUCAUAAGUGAUAGUACCGUGAAAAUUAGUGCUGAUAAAAAUGCCACAUAUUUGAGUUCUAGAGCAGAUGUUCUUCUUCCCAGGCCACUAGAGUCUAACGUCGUUUUAGAUGUAAAUCACAUAGCCUGUGGUGUAAAGCAUGCUGCUUUAGUUACAAGGCAAGGUGAAAUCUUUACAUGGGGUGAGGAAUCGGGCGGUCGUCUUGGCCAUGGUGUAGGGAAGGAUGCUAUUCAACCUCGUCUUGUUGAAUCACUUGCGGUUACUAGUGUUGAUUUCGUGGCAUGUGGGGAGUUUCAUACAUGUGCAGUAACAAUGGCUGGUGAACUCUAUACAUGGGGAGAUGGCACUCACAAUGCUGGACUUCUUGGUCACGGUACUGAUGUCAGUCACUGGAUACCUAAGAGAAUCUCAGGUCCUCUCGAGGGACUGCAGAUUGCUUCAGUAACAUGCGGGCCAUGGCACACGGCGUUGAUAACAUCAAUGGGCCAGCUUUUCACCUUUGGAGAUGGAACUUUUGGGGUCUUGGGUCAUGGUGACAGGGAAAACAUUGCCUAUCCUAGAGAAGUAGACUCUUUAUCCGGUUUAAGAACCAUAUCCGUAGCAUGUGGUGUGUGGCAUACUGCUGCUGUGGUGGAGGUUAUUGUCACACAGUCUAGUUCAAGUGUUUCCUCUGGGAAACUGUUUACAUGGGGCGAUGGAGAUAAAAACCGUCUUGGACAUGGAGAUAAGGAACCUCGGCUUAAACCCACCUGCGUUCCAGCCUUAAUUGAGUACAACUUUCAUAAAAUUGCUUGUGGGCAUAGUCUAACCGUUGGUCUGACAACAUCUGGAAAUGUGUUCACUAUGGGAAGUACUGUUUAUGGUCAACUGGGAAGUCCCCAGGCAGAUGGGAAGUUGCCUUGUUUGGUCGAAGAUAAGCUUUCUGGUGAAUUUGUUGAAGAGAUUGCGUGUGGUUCGUAUCAUGUUGCAGUUUUGACUUCUAAGAGUGAAGUUUAUACAUGGGGUAAGGGAGCAAAUGGGAGGCUAGGGCAUGGAGAUGUUGAAGAUCGUAAAACGCCGACUCUGGUUGAAGGCUUGAAGGAUAGAAAUGUAAAAUACAUUGCUUGUGGUGCAAACUACACAGCUGCCAUAUGUCUUCAUAAAUGGGUAUCUGGUGCUGAGCAAUCUCAGUGUUCUUCAUGCAGACAGGCUUUUGGUUUUACUCGAAAGAGACACAACUGCUAUAACUGUGGACUAGUACAUUGCCACUCUUGCAGUUCAAGAAAAGCAAUUAGAGCUGCCUUGGCUCCCAAUCCUGGGAAACCCUAUCGUGUCUGCGAUUCCUGUUAUGCUAAACUAAGCAAGGUCUCAGAAUCUAAUAACAUCAGAAGAAACUCGGUACCUCGGCUUUCGGGUGAGAACAAGGACAGGCUGGACAAGUCCGAGAUUAGGUCAUCCAAGGCUGCUUUGUCUUCGAAUGUAGAUUUGAUUAAGCAAUUAGAUAGUAAAGCUGCAAAACAAGGAAAGAAAGCAGAAACAUUCUCCUUGGUACGAUCCUCUCAAACACCAUCUUUAUUGCAGCUGAGAGAUGUUGUUUUGUCUACUACGAUUGAUUUAAGAUCAAAGGUUCCCAAACCAGUUCUUACGUCGUCUGGCAUGAGUUCGAGGUCUGUGUCCCCUUUCUCAAGGAGACCUAGUCCCCCUAGGUCGGCGACACCUGUUCCAACGACAUCUGGGCUUUCCUUCUCGAAAAGUAUUGCUGAUAGUUUGAAGAAAACAAAUGAGCUUCUUAAUCAGGAAGUGAUGAAGUUGCGUUCACAGGUUGACGGUCUGAAACAGAAGUGUGAGUUCCAAGAAUUGGAGCUCCAAAGGUCGGCUAAAAAAAUGCAAGAAGCUAUGGCAAUGACUGCAGAAGAAUCAGCCAAAUCUAGAGCUGCAAAAGAUGUUAUAAAGUCGCUCACUGCACAGCUCAAGGAAUUAGCCGAAAGGUUGCCACCUGGCGUCUACGACCCUGAGAGCUUAAAGCCUGCUUACCUACCAAACGGUUUGGAUUCGAACGGUAUUCAUCAUGCAGAUACCAAUGGAGACCGGCAUUCAAGAUCCGAAUCAAUCAGUGGGAUGUCACUGUCAUCUCCAACUGGACUUGAUUUUAGUUCAGCAAAUGGAAAUCAUCACGGUUCUAUUCAAUCGUUUGGGGACCUAUCCGGACACAAUGGCAGCAGAGAAGACCAUUCAGAUGCCAGGCUGUCGAAUGGCUCAGGAGCUCGUUCAAGUAGGAGUAUAUUAGAGUCCAUUGAUGGAAAGGAGUCGUCUGGACCCAUUCAAGAUGGCGAGACUGGUUCGAGAACUCGAGAUCCAGCAUCAUUGCCUGGCAACGGUAAUCAUGUUGAGGCUGAAUGGAUUGAACAGUAUGAGCCCGGUGUGUACAUAACUCUCGUGGCCCUCCGUGAUGGAACUAGAGAUCUCAAACGUGUUCGCUUCAGCCGGAGGAGAUUUGGGGAGCACCAAGCAGAGACGUGGUGGUCGGAAAACCGAGAGAAAGUAUAUGAGAAAUACAAUGUGCGUGGAUCGGACAAAUCUUCGGUUUCUGCUCAGGCUGCUCGGAGAUCAGAGGGUUCCGUGUCAUCUGCUUCUUAA